AGAUGGAGUGCGAGAGAAAGAGGAGGAGGGAGCACGAUCGGACCGGAUAGGGGCAGAUAAAGGCAUUGGAGAGAGCAAAAGGGCGAGGAGGGGUGGAGCUGGAGGGAGGAGGGCGGGGCGCCAGACCCCCAAUCGCGAGGCCGCCGCCUGCCCGGCCCGGCUGGAUUUGAGCUGGGCCCGCGGACCUCUGACCUACGCGCGGGCUGGAGAAGCCACCCGGUUGUGGCACCCCACUUUCCAACUCCAAGGUCUUCGAGGCGCGCGCGAGAUGCAACCGGCUCGGCAAGCAGGCAAGACGCGGGGCGCGGGGCGUGGGGCGCGAGGCUCCAGGCGCGGGAUGCGGGACGCAAGGUGUCUGGAAUCCGGGUCCCUAGAACGUGUUCUCCCAGAGGACAGAGGCCGUGUCUAGAGCCGGCCAGGUUUAUAGCCUCUCCUUCUGGUGAUAAGAGAAAGGAAGAAUGGACUACAGUCACCAAACUUCCCUAGUCCCAUGUGGAAAAGAUAAAUACAUUUCCAAGAAUGAACUUCUCCUCCAUCUGAAGACCUACAACUUGUAUUAUGAAGGCCAGAAUUUGCAGCUCCGACACCGUGAGGAAGAAGACGAGUUCAUCGUGGAGGGGCUGCUGAACAUCUCCUGGGGGCUGCGCCGGCCCAUUCGUCUGCAGAUGCAGGAUGACAAUGAGCGCAUUCGCCCCCCGCCCUCCUCCUCCUCCUGGCACUCCGGCUGUAACUUGGGGGCUCAGGGCACCAUCCUGAAGCCCCUCACCAUGCCCAAUAUUCAGAUCACAGAGGUAGAUGCCCCGGCGGAGAGUGAGCAGACGUCUAGCCCCACAGACUCCAGAGGCCUGAAACCCCUGCAGGAAGACACCCCGCAGCUGAUGCGCACACGCAGUGAUGUCGGAGUGCGUCGUCGUGGCAACGUGAGGACGCCCAGUGACCAGCGGCGAAUCAGACGGCACCGCUUCUCCAUCAAUGGCCAUUUCUACAACCAUAAGACGUCAGUGUUCACACCAGCCUAUGGCUCUAUCACCAACGUCCGCAUCAACAGCACCAUGACCACCCCGCAGGUCCUGAAGCUGCUCCUCAACAAAUUUAAGAUCGAAAAUUCGGCGGAGGAGUUUGCUUUGUACGUGGUCCAUACCAGCGGUGAGAAACAGAAGCUGAAGAACACCGAUUACCCGCUGAUUGCGCGAAUCCUCCAGGGCCCAUGUGAGCAGGUCUCCAAAGUGUUCCUUAUGGAGAAGGACCAAGUGGAGGAAGUCACCUAUGAUGUGGCCCAGUAUAUAAAGUUCGAGAUGCCCGUCCUUAAAAGCUUCAUUCAGAAGCUCCAAGAAGAAGAAGAUCGAGAAGUAAAGAAGCUGAUGCGCAAGUACACUGUGCUCCGGCUGAUGAUUCGGCAGAGGCUGGAGGAGAUAGCCGAGACCCCAGAAACAAUCUGAGCCACAAGAAAGAGGGGAUCCAGAUACUGCAAUAGCUGCCGUUGACAUAAGAAGGCCUGCAGGAUACUGGGUGCCCUCCUUCCACAGAAACAUUUAAAUGCAGACCUCUCUGGCUCCCGAGAAGCCAGCAGACAGCUCCCCAUCCUCGGACCCCCGAGCUUCUCCUUUCGUUCACAAGGACUUUUGAUUUUUGUUGUAAGGAGGACCCAAAAUGUGUGUGUGCGCAUGUGCGCGCACAUGAUACGUGUCUAGUGCCUAUACCUGAUAUAUUCACAUGCAUUUCAUUCCAGUCAACCAGCACAAGUGUCAUGAGACUGGAAGAUGUGCUUCUCGUGGGCAGGAGAAUCAGAGGAGUCACCAAUCAGGGGUUUUAUGCUGAAAAAAAAUUUCUCUCCUCAAGUGCUGGGGAGCAGCCACACACAUCUCCCCAGCUUAGAAGGGGAAGGGGACUCUGCAAGCUCACCAUUUGGGGUAUUUAUAUGUUAGUAGAAACCCUCCCUCUAUACUGAGAAGGAUCUGUGAACGUGAGAACCCUGGAGACUAACAAAAUAACAGCCCUGUGCACUUGGAGCAGGUCUGAUGGAAAGAGAGAAACCAUCAGUGGGGUAGAUGCAAUAAGCCCACUAGUUUUUACACUGGAAACUUCAAUUUUGAAGAACAAAGAUGUAUGUGAUGA